GCUUGGAAACGGUCCCAGGUGGUCCUCAUUAGCGGGAAGAGAGCCGGGAUAAUUAAAGGUUUUGGUUGGCCAUAUGACAGCGUCAGGUGUUGGCUUGUUUGACAGUUAACGUUUGUUGUGGGAGGAUUUAGCUACGCUAUGGGAAGUAGACGUGGGAUUCUCUGUUUUGCUGUACAUCCAUCAUGUCGCAGUCUAGAGGGACGAUGUUUGAUCAAGAUAUUUACUAUUCCUGCCAAAACCUUUCUGCUGACACCCAAGCCAGCAGAGAUGAGGAGAAAUGUUUAUCUUAUGCUCAGGAGCAUAGGAUCGAGGAUUUUAAGGUCCUCACCCUCCUUGGCAAAGGCUCCUUUGCAUGUGUUUAUCGGGCAAAAUCAGUAAAGACUGGUCUGGAGGUGGCUAUCAAAACGAUUGACAAAAAAGCAAUGCACAAAGCUGGUAUGGUCCAGCGUGUGACAAACGAGGUGGAGAUUCAUUGCCGAUUAAAACAUCCUGCUGUACUUGAGCUCUACAACUACUUUGAGGACAGCAACUAUGUGUACUUGGUGUUGGAGAUGUGCCACAAUGGAGAGAUGAGUCGGUACCUUAAAGAGAAGGAGAUAGCUUUCUGUGAGGAUGAAGCAAGACAUUUGAUGCAUCAAAUAGUGAAAGGAAUGCUGUAUUUACAUGCCCACGGCAUCCUGCAUCGGGAUCUGACCUUGUCAAACCUUUUGCUGACUAGCAACAUGAACAUUAAGAUAGCAGACUUUGGCCUGGCCACUCAGCUCAAACUCCCAAAUGAAAAGCACUUCACCAUGUGCGGGACACCCAACUACAUCUCCCCGGAGGUGGCCACUCGCAGUGCUCAUGGUCUUGAAUCAGAUGUCUGGUCCCUGGGGUGCAUGUUCUACGCAUUCCUGAUGGGUCGCCCUCCGUUUGACACGGACACAGUCAAACACACUCUGUCUAAAGUGGUUCUUGGGGAGUAUGAAAUGCCUAGCCAUGUUUCUCUAGAGGCCCAGGACCUGAUCCAUCAGCUGCUGCGGAGGGACCCCGCCCAGCGGCCCAGCCUCUCUGCAGUGCUAGACCACCCGUUUAUGACCCAGAGCCUGCUGGCCAGGACCAAGGAGCUGGGGUUGGGGGAUGAAGGAUCCAUGGACAGCGGCAUUGCCACCAUCUCCACAGCCUGCACCUCCUCUACCUCAGCCAGCAGCGGCAGCCGCCUCCAGAGGAGAACCAGGCACAUGCUUGGCUCUGCCCUGCCGAACCGAAUGGCGCCUAUUCCAAGUCUUCCACGCCAACCCAGCAGCGCCUGUUUUGAGGACGGAGACCAGUGGCAACAGCAGCACCCGGUGGACAGAUUUCCCAGAGAGGGCAGGAGCAGGGGGGUUCAUGGUGGAGACAGUGGGCAGCCUCUUUCUCGCUUCCUGAGGAGGGCUCACUCUUCAGAUCGCUCGGGCUCUUCUGCAUCAGGCCAGGGGGCGAGUCACCCUGAGCUGGGGAGAUGCCACUCAGAGGAGACUCUGACUGGUUUAGGAAGACCAGUCUUCCCCAUGUCCUCCACUCAGCACCCAUUUUCAGAGCACGGAAGGCUCCCCUCUCCCCCCGUCAAACAGUCACCACAUUCUGGGUAUUUGUUAUCGACACAGACUGCACUUCCACCAAACUUGCAAUUUCAAGACCUGGAGGGAGUUACUAAUUGGCUCAAUAAUGAGGCUUCUGGGCAGAGGCCCACAGACGGCAGCACUCACAGCAGCAGCGGCAGCUUCAAUAGCAGCAGAGGACCUUUGGGGGUUCACAAUUCCUGGACAGACAAGCCCAUGGGCCGAGGUGUGAACCCUCAGCACCACAACCAGCACCACAACCUUCACUCCAACUCGAACUCGUACAGGGAAAAUAUACCUGGGGCAGAGUUCCAACCUCCUCACGGCAGAGAAUUAAAGCUCCCUCCAGCCAAACCCAGUGUGGAUAAAGAGAAGAAAACACUGAGAGACAUAGUCCCGCCCCUGUGCGCGUCCAGACUGAAGCCCAUCAGACAGAAGACCAAAAAUGCUGUUGUGAGCGUCCUGGACACAGGUGAAGUCUGUAUGGAGUUGUUAAAAUGCCAAAGUGGUCAAGAGAGGGUCAAAGAAGUCCUUCGGAUUUCCUGUGACGGUUCGAUGGUGACAAUAUACCAGCCUAAUGGUGGAAAGGGUUUUCCUGUCCUGGACUGUCCUCCUGCUCCUCCAGAAGAUAUUCUGAUUUGUAGCUACGAUGACCUUCCAGAAAAAUACUGGAAGAAGUACCAAUACGCCUCCAAGUUUGUGCAGCUGGUGAAAUCCAAGACUCCAAAAGUGACCCUUUACACCAAGUAUGCAAAGGUCAUGCUGAUGGAGAACUCUCCCAAUGCAGACCUGGAAGCUUGCUUUUACGACGGAGCAAAGACCCACAAGACGUCGGAGCUGGUGCGAGUGGUGGAGAAGAGCGGGAAGUCGUACACGGUGAAGGGCGAGGUGGGGCUGAGCGGCCUGAGCCCAGAGAGCAGGCUGUACGUGGAGCUGUCUGAUGAGGGCCACAGCAUGUGUUUGUCCCUGGAGGCCGCCAUCACAGCAGAGGAGCAGCGCAGCACCAAGAAAGUCCCUUUCUUCCCCAUAACUAUUGGCAGGAGACCUGCCAACCCAGACUCCCCAUGCUCAUCGUCCUUGCCCUCCCACCCGGUGCCUCCUGAUGCAGCUUCACCACCUCAACCUCCGCAAAUCACUCCUUCAAUGAUCUCCUACGAUGGUUCUGAUUUCACCACAGCCAGCCUGAGUAAGAAAAGCUCCCCGGUGCAAAACACAGGAAAAGUAGUUAAGUCGAUAUUUGUGCCCAAUGUUGGAUGGGCAUCCCAGCUGACAAGUGGAGAGGUGUGGGUGCAGUUCAACGACGGGUCUCAGCUGGUGGUUCAGGCAGGAGUUUCCUGCAUCACCUACACGUCUCCAGAGGGGAGGAUCACAAGGUAUAAGGAGAACGAGAAGUUGCCAGAGCACGUCAAGGAGAAGCUGCACUGUCUCUCCACCAUCCUGGGACUGCUGGCCAACCCCACAGCACAUCACUUGAAACCUCAUUAACACUCUGUGGUUUAAAAAAAAAAAACAUCCCAGUAGCACAGAGGCCUGGCAGGGAACAGAAAGUAGCAUUAGAAACCUUUUUAUGUCUGGUGUUCUUGUAAAUAUAUCUUUGUGUUUGUUUGUUCUUUACAUGUACAGAAGACUAAGAUUAUGAAAAGAUAUAUUUUUUAUUUUAAUAAGCAACCAUUUUGUCCCAAUCGGUCUUGUUGUAAAAAGUUUGUCAUGAACUGUUUUUUUUUUUUUUUUUUUUAAACACUGUGUACUGGUUUACUCUAUGAAAUGUGUGAUUCAUAAAUGCUGAGUCAAUAAACAUCUGGAGGCUGGGUGGAGAAAUGCUG